AUGUCAGCAAUAUUUGCUCUCGCCAACUGGUCGAAGCUCCAGGGCAGCAAUGAUGAUCACUGGUCAGAUAGGGUCAGCCAUCUGUGGACAGUGGGUAUUCUAGUUAUAUUCUCCACGCUGGUCAGUUCAGCCCAGUAUGUGGGAGAUCCGAUACAAUGUUGGUGUCCGGCGCAUUUUACAGGAGGUGUGAACAUAGACCGUUUGGUUGAACUAGCAGAAAGCACUCAACUCAGCAAACCUGAAGACAGAGAGAAAACGACCAUUCACGUUGCUAAGUAUCUGGAUAUUUGGCUCAGAACACAUCACUAUUAUCAUUUCAACCUCAUUGUGCGUGUGCGCCAACAAUUUGGCAAUAUCUUCUGCUUCUGGUUUGCCAAGAGAGCAGGAAAAUUUCUGAUCGGAUUCUAUUUAUUUGUCAAGUUUUUGUACGCUGCCAAUGUUGUCUUCCAGUUUUUCAUCCUCAAUAAAUUCCUCUGCAUGGAUUAUACAGUGUAUGGAUAUGAGGUGAUCAAAACACUGGUGACUGAAGGUGAAUUCAAAGAUGCACCUCGAUUUCCUCGGAUCACCCUGUGUGAUUUUGAAAUUCGGCAGCUUGAGAACAUUCAGCGAUAUACAGUGCAGUGUGUUUUACCAAUUAAUCUGUUUAAUGAGAAAAUCUUCAUCUUUCUUUGGUUUUGGUAUUUGUUUGUUGCCGUAAUAUCCUGUUGGAGUUAUCUAUCUUUGCUUAUUCAUUUUCUUAUAAAACAUAAUCGUUCACAUUAUGUCAAAAAGUAUCUGAAACUCCAAGACAAUUUAAAAAAUGAGACAGAUUCCAAACUAGCAAAAAAGUUUGCUCAUGAGUAUUUGAAAGACGAUGGCAUUUUUGUGCUGCAGCUUGUUGCCAAGAACACAUCUGAGAUUGUCGUGACAGACCUGGUCAACAGCCUCUGGAGUCUGUACAAAGAGAGUCAAGAAACUGUGAGACCUAAUUCAGAAAUGAAUUCAGUUUCUACUGUUGAAAUGGAGCCUAGUGGACUCACCAAACUUUAG